GAUUUGGAAAUCAUUGCAUCACUGAAUAUUUGUUAAAAUAGAACAUAUUCAACCAACAUCUUCUGUAAUCAGAGGAGAAGCAGUCUUUGGGGAGGAAACAUUGCACAAAUCACAUCGGUGUUCGAAUAUUUUAAGUUCCUUUAGAAAGAUUAACAAUGGAGGAAAAUACAAAACAGGUGGAAACAGAGGAAAAAAUUACAAAACAGGUGGAAACAGAGGAAAAAAUAACAAAAGAGACAGAAACAGAGGAAAAAAUAACGAAAGAAACGGAAACAGAGGAAAAAAUUACAAAACAGGUGAAAACAGUGGAAAAAAUUACAAAAGAGACGGAAACAGAGGAAAAAAUAACGAAAGAAACGGAAAUAGAGGAAAAAAUUACAAAAGAGAUGGAAACAGGGGAAAAAAUUACAAAAAAGAUGGAAACAGAGGAAAAAAUUACGAAAGAGAUGGAAUUCAUAGCUCAGAAAAAUACAGAGAAGACAGGGACAGUGGGUGAAAAUAUAGAAAAUACAAGGAAUAUGAAAGAAAAGGUUGAAGAUGAAAAUAAACCUUAUUUGUGUAGCUUUUGUGGAAAGGCCUUCAGAGAACGGUCACGUCUCGAGUACCACAGUAGAAUACACACAGGUGAAAGGCCUUUUCACUGUGCCAGUUGUGGAAAAACGUUUCGAUUGCACCAUCAUUUGAAUAUACACAUGGUCACUCACACUGACAAGAAACCUUAUAAAGAGAAAACAGUGGAGAAAAAUACAAAGCAGACAGAAUCAAUGGAGGAGAGUGUGAAAGAGAUGGAGUUAAUAGAGGAAAAUACAGAAAAUACAAAGCUGAUGGAAUCUGAGGAAAAUUCAGUUAAUAGAGAAACAAUGGAGAUGACAUUAUUAGAGGAAAAUACAGAGAAAAUGGGAAGAAUGGAGAAAAAAUCAAGAAAAGCUGUAGGCGAAAAUAAGUCUUAUCCAUGUAGCACUUGUGGAAAAGCUUUUAGAGAAAGGUCACAUCUGAAUUAUCACUGUAAGAUGCACACAGAUGAACGACCCUUUCAAUGUACCAUUUGUGGAAAAACAUUUCGAUUGAAGCAUCAUUUAAGAGGACACAUGGUUACACACACCGACAAUAAACCAUAUCAAUGUAAGGUGUGUAACCGAGCAUUCAAUGACCCCUCAUCUCUACGCAGACAUGGUAAAAUUCACAGUACAGAAGCAUACAAGUAUAUUUGUCAAGAAUGCGGGAAAUUGUUUAUGCAAGAAUCACACUUACAAAAGCACAUAAACGAAAACAAAUGCCUGCAAUAUAAGUGUGAUAUGUGUGGCAAGAUAUAUUCGGAAACUUCAAAACUACGAAUUCACAAACGGAAUCACACAGGCGAUAAACCAUUUGUGUGUCAGCUUUGUGGAAAGGCCUAUACUUCCUCAGCUUCUCUAAGAGAUCACAUUUUGAUGCAUGCAGGAGUGAAACGUUUUCAGUGCGAAUUUUGUGGAAAGGCGUUUCAAAGAAAGCCUCAUUUGAUGCUUCAUCGUAAUAUUCACACCGGCAAGAAACCCUACCAGUGUGAGGUGUGUGGGAGGACCUUUAAUGACCCGUCCUCGAGUCGCAGACACCGCAAAGUCCACAUUACUUAAAAACUAGUGUGAGGUGUGUGGGAGGACCUUUAAUGACCCGUCCUCGAGUCGCAGACACUGCAAAGUCCACAUUACUUAAAAACUAGUGUGAGGUGUGUGGGAGGACCUUUAAUGACCCGUCCUCGAGUCGCAGACACUGCAAAGUCCACAUUACUUAAAAACUAGUGUGAGGUGUGUGGGAGGACCUUUAAUGACCCGUCCUCGAGUCGCAGACACCGCAAAGUCCACUUAAAAACUAUGAAUGUAUCGUAAAAGUGGAUGUGGAGUUAUGACUAUGUGGACACUCGUGCAUGUUAUUGAACUAUAACAGCUGCAACAAAUGUGGAAAAGCUUUUGUACAAGCAAAUGUCUAAAACCAUUUAUUGGCAGAUGAUAUUCCUUUAAGAUAAGAUAUUUGUGGGAACACAAUCAUUGUCUGAUUUCACACAACUUUCAACUGAUCCUGCACUGGGAAGUUUCCUUAAUCUUCCUGAAUGGGGCAUGUGACACUCAGUGACAGCAUGUUAAGGAGGGAAACACAUGAUCAGCCUUUACAGAAUCAAGAAGAAAACAAAGACAAUGUAUUUUUUGCACAUGUACAAGAAAGUGACAUUAAUAUUAGUGUGCUUUGUCUUUCAACAAUCAUGGACACACAACAUUUGUAUUGGUUGAAAAGCAGAGAGCUUGUACAGUAGAUUCCAUAUUUGAUAAGUUAAAAGCCUCUCAUGAACUGAAUGUUUUUUUAAAAAAAAAUUCUAUAUAUCAUUAAGUUACAGAUUUGAAAUCUUUUGAGUAUUAACAAUUUUGAGUUUUAACUUACGCUGAAUGGAUUGAUAUAAGGGUUAUACAAUAAACACAUCAAUUGGUGAA